UUACAACAAACUUGUUUUGACAGCUUCCACAGAAACACAUUUAUACUCUUUUAGUACGUAAGCAAACAAGCACGAUGUUCUGAAUUCAUAAAUGGAAAAUCAAGCGAACGGAAAGAAAACUUCAAACAGGCCUGUAAACAUUCCAAGAGAUCCAACGAAGCAGACCACAAAGGUGCCUCUGGAAACUGGAGUCACAAGUAAGGACAAAAACCAACAUACACGUUUCCUUGAAGAUUUGAGGAAGAGAUAUAAAUUCGUCUAGGAUUGCAUCGGUGUCCGCGUGGAUUAUAAAAAAUGGAAUGUCGGUUUCUUCUCAUUUGGAUUAUUUACCUUCCACAAGUCACCAGUUCUACUAAACAGGACUGUCUCAGUAAAAGGCAGGCGCUGAGCUCCCUACGUCAGAUCCAGAAGCUGCUGUCAGGUCAAGAGGCCGCCUACCUUCAGAGCCUGCGCACCAUGAACAAGAAACUCAACCUGCUGCAGAACACCCUUACCAGGCAGGUCAGCAAGCUCAAUGAGACCUGCCCUAAGCUGGAGGUCCCAAACAAUGGCAGGAAGCUGGGGAGCAUCUCAGCGGUAGGACACGAGGUGCACUUCCUGUGUGAGAAAGGGUUUGAACUGGUAGGAUCCGAGACCAGAGUCUGUCAGGAAUCCCACAGCUGGAGCGGCCAGCAGCCCUUCUGCAGGAAUAUAAAUGAGUGUGCAAAGUCCCCUUGUCUGAAUGGAGGCACCUGUGUGGAUGAUGUGAACCGCUUUGUCUGCAUGUGUGCCAGAGGCUGGUCUGGGACUUACUGUCAGAACUCAGUGUACUCCUAUUGGACAAGCCAGACCAACUCCUCCUUCAGCCGACAGCCUCACUGUGCCAACAUGCAGGGAUCCACUCAGUGCACCUGCGACGAGGGCUUCCAGAUCACAGGCAGAGACAACAGACUCUGCCAGGAUCUCGAUGAGUGUGAACUCUAUUACUCGGGAAGGCUGCCCCGCCUUUGUGCACAUGCCUGUGUCAACACCCCCGGCUCCUACCGCUGCACCUGCCCCCCGGGAUACAGCCUGCGCGGCGACCAGCGCAACUGCAAAGACGUGGACGAGUGUGCAAGCCGCCAGCACAACUGCAGUCGCGAUGAGCUGUGUGUGAACACGUUCGGAGGCUUUCAGUGCGUGCAACCAGACUGUCCCAGAGCACGACAGAACACCAGCUACGUCAAAACCUCCCUGCUGCGCUGCGAGCGGAACCCGUGUCCAAUGGACAAUAAGGCUUGCGCCCAGGCUGCCUCCUCCAUCUCCUUCAGCUACCUGUCUCUGGUGUCCAACCUGUCAGUGCCCCGCGUGCUCUUCCGCAUGUCUGCGGCCCGCGUGCACGGGGACAGCCUGCGUUUCGGUCUGCUGGGGGGGCGGGGCCGCGGUCACUUCAGUCUCCAGCGCUCGGACCGGCUCACCGGUGAGCUGGUCCUGGUCAGCCGUGUCCUGGGGCCUGCUGUGCUGGAGGCCGAGCUUGAGAUGACCGAACUGGAGAAGAAGACGGUCCUGGCUCGGUUCAUCUCCAAGGUGACCGUCUUCAUUUCACAGUACGACUUCUAGGCUUCCCCACGAGGCUACGAGGAGCCACACUACCUGGAUAUGUAAUCGAUCUUACAGCAAGCAAACGCUGCUCUCAACGGGUAAGGAGUUGGUGGAGUGUAAUCUUCAUAAUACAGUCAUCAACACAAGCAAGCUGGCAGACAGAGAGACGACAAGGGAAGAGAACUUAUCCCCUCACUUCUGGGAAAUACCAAAUUUUUAUUUGCUUUAAUUUGAGUAUAUUGUUUCUCUCAGCCUUUAGAUGUACAACUGAAAAAUGAGUACAGUGUUGUUGUACUAUUAGAUGCAUGUGCUUAAUGAUAAAGUGCAUAGGACUAUUUAGUGGAGAGCAACAGAGAUAGAAGAAAAUUAAAAACCCAUUAGGAACCCACCUUGAAGAGCUUAUCCUUUAACGCAGUAUCAGCAUGGCCCACUUAUACUGGGACCCAAAGGAGUAAUUGCAUAUAAUCAUGUGUGCCUUUUAGCAGUAUUAUAAGGUACAGUAAAAACUUCAUUAACUGAUUUUAUCUGAACACAACAUUAGGAACCCACUUACAUGCCUAAAACUAAUGAAAAAGGUGUUUGUGCUAAAUGCUUUUGUGACAAAAAAUGACAUGUUACAGUGUUUCAUGUAAUUGUCUUGCGUUGUUUGUUUAUGUAUGGCCCACCUACAUGCCAUUCAGUUGUGAUAUAGACUCGUUUUCAGUGGCUGAAAUCCUGCUGAAAAUUGUGAUCAGAGCUGAGCAGGAACCCAAGCCUGGACAGCUAGAACAGCCCCCUGCGCCAUCUAGGGCCCACUAUUAUUAUUGAAACGAUAAACAAAUAUCUGGCCAAGCUUGUUUUGCUGAGGUGUGUUGCAUUCUCUGAUGUGCUGGUAUUGCUAUUAAUAAAGCUUCUUUUUUAUGAUA